UGAUAAGCAGCUUCUGGGUUUUGCUUUCAAGCGCACUCCUGCUGAAUUGGCGUGAGGGAGUGUAUGUUUGGGGCGUUUACUUUUUCUCCUGCCACAGUAGCAACACACUGCAGCAGCACCGGCCCCGAACAAAAGGCUAAGCACAGCAGAGCCACAGGAGAAACUCAGGGAUAAAAGAAGGCAGAGCAGCCCAGCGUGACUGCAUUUCUCAGGGAGGAACUGAACCUGCCAUUUAGCCCUUCUGGUCCCGGAGGGAAGACAGGACGCUAGACUACAGAUAGACCAGCCUGUCUGUCACUGAGCUGUUUCCUCUUUCACUUCCUUCAUACACCUCAGUCUGUCAUCCUUUACUGAGAUUCCUGCAUCUUCCCUUGUUCACCUGGGCGUCUUUCCUUUCCUCUACCUGUCAUUCGAGAUGUCAGAAUAUGACUGCCUGUCGCCCAUCGGCCUGGACUGUUGCAGUUGCUGCUUAGACCUGGCCAAUGGCUGUGAUGAGUCAAUGGCUCAGGGCCUCGGUUCUACAGGAGGCUUACCAGGAAGCCCCACCAGCCCGAGUGUCAGUCACUUUCGCCAGCUACGCAACCAGCUGAUGUACCAGAACCUGAACACAGACAAGUUGAACAACAUCAUGAGGCAGGACUCCCUGGAAUCUGUGGUGAGGGACCCCUGCUUCCUGUUCAAUGAGGGGAUCUGCAACAGCAACAUUGACCAGACCAUGCUUUCCAUCCUGCUCUUCUUUCACAGUGCCUCUGGUGCUAGCGUUGUGGCCAUCGACAACAAGAUUGAACAGGCGAUGGAUCUUGUCAAGAACCACCUCAUGUAUGCGGUGCGAGAGGAGGUGGAGGUCCUCAAAGAGCAGAUCAAAGAGCUGGCGGAGAAGAACAACCAGCUGGAGCGGGAGAACUACCUUCUGAAGAACCUGGCCAGUCCAGAGCAGAUGGAGAAGUUCCAGUCCCGCAUCCCCACAGACGUGCUGCUACCGCUGGACAACCUGAGCGCCCAGCUGACCCCAGACCAGCAUCUGCCCUGUACUCGCAUCGCUGGCUCUGCUGUAUAAGUGGCUCUGCUUUGGGGCGGGCAGAGCCACCGUCUCUUUACAAUAAUGGACCUCCAUUUGAACCUAAUCGUUAAGAAAUUACUGCCACCGACAACCCUUCGUGAAAAUGAAGGGCGAAGCACCGGGGUUGUAAACGAUCGAUGGGACACAAAAGGACACUGAUAAGCACAACACAGAACUUGAGAUGCUCUGUCUGGUGUGCCAGUCAGGCCCGCUCUCUGAUACCGUCAAACUCUUUGUCGUAGUCUCUCUGUGUAGACAAAAGUGCUAAGAAUAGAGAGGGCUGACGCUUGCUUUCAGACAGCAGGGGGGCUUUCCCUGCCUAGCCGAAACCCUUCCAACAAACACCCUUUGCGCUAGCAAUUGGGAGUGAAGAGGUGUGGAUUGGGCUAGCCCUGCAGGUGCUAACUUGAAAAGGUGUUGGGGAAGAGACCCAACCUGAGACGCUCCUCCAUGUGUCAACAAGAAGAGCCACAUCAGGUGGAUUCAGAUCUAAAAAAACACAAGUUUGAAGGACUCCCAACCGCACAUUUCAGCCCCUUAACAGGGACCUUUCCUGUGCCUAAAAUGUAUUGCUCAUGUAUUCAUGUACAUCUAAGCAUAACAAGAAAAAUCAACAGGAUAAGCUAAGAGGUGGAGGUUAAUGCAGUAUAGCCUGUUAGAGCUGGUGGACCGCUGCAGUACACUGAAUAUACUGUAAUAAUUCAUGCAAUGUAAUCUUGUAUUGCCUGCAGUUGGGGCUUGCUGCUUAUGGGGGAAAUUAAUUCUGCAAUAUCUUCUGUUUUUGUUUGUGAUUCCGAACAAAAAUCAGUGGUUUCUAAAAAGGCACUGUACAGAUUUAUUUUGUAAUACUGGGGGGACAGGAAUAUCUGCCCACCAUGUACGCCUAGCUCUUCACAGCAAAAGAUAAAUGUAACUGCAAUGUACCUAAAGUUGAAACGUCCAGGAGGAAGAGUAGUGGAGAUGGUGAGCAACCAGAAGAGCCAGCAGAUGCUCUCCUGAUUUUAGCAGCGUCGUCCAGUAUCUGGUCUGUUUCUCGCUCAGAUGCCAACUUGAAAACAAUGGCAUGACAACAGUGCCUGUUCGUAGUAAGAGAGGAACACAUUUCCUCAAAGAGCUCUGUUAUUGUUGUUUUCUAGCUACCAAAGACUUUUUGCCUUCUUUUUUUUUGUCUUGCAACAACAGAAGCCAAGCAACCAGGACCAUGUGUACAACGUCACAGGGAGAAGUGUUGUUUGUACCUAAUGCUAAAGUCUAUACGUGUUUUGUAAAGAUAACGGUAUUGUUGCUGUAAAGUAUCCUGAAAAAGUUGUUCACUAUGGUGUUUGGAUACAACUGCACAUUUGCAAUAAAACUUGUGUUUACAUAAUACAAUA